AUGGACCUGUCAGGGGCUAAGAAAAAGAAGUCUGUUCCACAGCUGAACACUGAAGGAUGGAGCCCAGAAGGACCCCGCUCGCCUGUCCAAGCGGUAACUCCCGGCGGUGCUGCUGCUGGUGCACGACGUGGCCCUGCCGGCAGAGGGCAGUACGAAGCAGGUGCACGUGGAGCUGCACCUGAGACACAUCACCUCACCUGUACGCGCGUGGCGCAACUCUGUGACGCCGAAGAGGAGGGCGGCGGCGGCGGCGCAAACAUCCCAGCAGGGGAGGCACAGAGCAAGGAGCUGUACGUGAUGGAUGCAAGCCAGCUGACAGAUGAGGAGCUCAAGAACAGGCUGCGCCGGUUGGGUGUCACCCCUGGGCCCAUUGUAGCUUCUACCAGAGCCCUCUAUGAGAAGAAGCUACUGAGGCUGUUGAAUGUUACCUCAAAUCCAACACCAACCAGCACUGUGGACACAAACCAGUACUCUGAAGAGGAGGAUGACUGUUCUGGGUCUGAAUAUGCCGGGUCAGAGGGAGUGAAAGGUGUGGAACAGAGUUCGCUCAUUGACAGCAGGGUUGGGGAGUGCUCUCUUGGUGAUGACAGUUACUACCCCAGGUGUUUUUUACCACCUUCUGGACUGUGGCAGCGCCAUGAUCCCAUGUUGAACAUAAGCUCAGAGGAGGACCCUGGCACCUCAAUGGACUCUACUGCAGAAAAGGGCCAAGCACUGGUUGCCUCACCAGUCCUCCCCACACUGGGCAGUAACACCUUCACAGGACCACCUCCUACACAGGGGGUGAAGCCUCUCUGCAUGUCUUUGGAUGGCGGACUUGCUGUCACGACCUCUCUCCCCAGUCAAACCUUCAGCAUCACUCAACUGGUGGAGGAGAUGGAAAAGAGGAAACCAUACUGUAACAAGGUUGUGAUGGAGGGCAUCACCAGUACCAGCAAUGAACAGAGGCUAAGGGACAAGAGCCAUGUGGAACCCAAAAGGGAUGUUUUGACAGAGAUGUUCCCAGAUAUGGUCCGUACACCUACUGGUAUCAGCGCCACAUGUCGUAGACCCAUAAAGGGGGCAGCUGGGCGGCCUGUACAGUUCAAAUACCCCAGCACUCCAUCCAGCCCUGGAACCAAAGAGAGGGAGAAGCUGCAACAGCAGCUUGUCCCUGUCUGGAUUCAAAUUGUGGUCUUCCUCUUUGUGACAAGCUUCCUCUACCUCAUCUACGGAGCCACGACAGAUGGCCUGAUUAACCCCUUCACUGCUCUAGUCACAGCCUGGAACCACAAUAAAGGUGAUAUGGAGGAGGUUCAGGCCUUCGAUGCCCUGCAGGAUCCUGCUGUGCCUUUCCUUGCUGGGGAGGACUAACUGGUUUCCAUGGCGGUAAAGGCAAAUGUUUAGAGCUUAUUGAACUGCCCAAAAGACACCCCAAGGUGUCCCUGUAUUUUAGUAAGAUUUUCAUGAAAAUGACAUUUGGAUUGAUGGUUGAUUUAAAAAGCAUGGCAGUUAUGUGAUCAUACAGCUUUGUAAUCUGAAAUUCUGUUUAGUUGACAAAAAAAUGUCUUAAAUAUAUUUAAAGUGGUCAUAUGGGAGAUCUGAGCCAGUCCAGCCUCUUUGCAGAGCAAUACCCCUGGUCAGCUGAUACUGCUGACUGGUACUGACACAGCCUUGAGUUCAUCUCCAUAGACAUGGAGACCUGAGCUCCAGUAAAGUCUCAGAAGUUAAAUUUUAGACUAAUUGUAUGUAGCUGAAGCCAGAAGGCUGGCUGUUCCUGAAGAGUUUAGGUUGUGCUGUCUCUUCAGCCUUUAAUUCUGUUCUUAAAGAUGUUAUGGCAGUGGCUCACUUAACUGUUUUACCUUUUUGUGUGUGUGUGUGUGUGUGUGUGUGUGGGCUUUUUUUUUUUCCUCUCCUCCCCCUUUAAAUGUUAUGUAGUGUUUCUGUUGCUUUGCAAGAGGGUGCCACUCUAGCAAAGAUUUCUUUGCCUUCGAUUUGCAGUAUUUUAUGCUUUCUGAAUAAAGUUUACAAAUGAA